GCACACAGGAAGUGGAUGUUAACGCUGAGGCUCAGCUGAUCCUCAACGUUCAUCCAGAUCCUGAACCUGAGGAAGAGGAGCAACUAAACCAUCAUCAUGAACAGGUUGUUGAUGAAUCUUCUCUGUUUCCUGAUGGUCAGUUUAGUUGACUCCUCCUCCUUGUCCACUCGCUUCCUGUCCAUCACCUGCACGGUGGGGGAGCAGGCCGUCCUCCCCUGCAGCUGGACGCCCCGCCUCAGGACUCCGGCCUCCCGCCACAUCCAGUGGCAGACCACCGUCACCGUGUUCGAGCAGUGGGGGGCCCGGCGCUGGCAGGCGGAGGAGUACGGGGGGCGGGUGGAGGUUCCGGAGGAGAAGCUCGGGUCGGGGGACUGUUCGCUGGUCAUCAGCGACGUUCAGAUCAAAGACACUGGACGAUACGAGAGCUUCAUGGUGGUGGACGGAGAGAGGGCCGGGAAAACCCGGGUCUUCAUUCAGGCCGUGAAACUGUUCGUGUUCGACCAUAAGUCCCAUCAGGCUCGGGGUCCGGGUGGCGACCUGGUUCUGGAUCUUGUGACCCGUCACUCGGUCAGAGUCGUCUUCCAGGGCAGGAACAGCUCGGAGUGGUCGGAGUUGUGGAUGAAGGGCGACAACAACAGCCUGCGUCUGGAGAAAGAUCCGCUGAAGGAGCAGCUGACCCUGAAGAGCCUGCAGCGCUCAGACGAGGGCACGUACAAAGUCCUGGACGAGCACGGCCUCGCCAUCAGCACCGUGCAGCUCGCCGUGCAGGGAGAAUCCCCCGAUGUCCGAGUCCACGGCGAAAUGGAAAAUCAAGUAUCAGGUGACGCCGUCAGAAGCAGCCGGUCACUUCUUCCUCUCUGUUUCGCUCUCAUCACCAGUUUCCAGAUUCCUCGUCUGUUCUGAGGCGUCGACACGUGAGCUCGUUGGUCAUCCGGUUUUAUUUUGUAAAUUUAACAUUGAUUUUUCAAAGCAGUCGUUUUCUGUCUGAAUGUCUCAGUUUAACGAGGAAAAGUCUUCAUGUGAAUAAAUGUUUGUUUCUGUCAAAAUGAUCUUGAACUUCUGAUCAAAGAUGAAGAAACAGACAAUGUACAGGAAACUUCAUUCAAGUGUGAAUUAUUAUCAGUGUAAUAUUUCUCAGCUAAAAUUAAACUGUUCUGUCUUAAUGUAACAACCACAUGUAAAUCUUUGUCUUUUAAACUCAAAUCCACAUUCGAUCUGUCCCUGUCGAGGACGUCAUGUUGUCUCGCUGCGUUUUAACAACUCAGAUGUUUGUUCUUUGGUCUGAACAUUGAACUUAUUGAAUAUUAAACUUAUUGUUUAUAUUAA